AUGUCCUCCUCCCCAUCAACAGCAAAAGCCUCACCAGGCCCAGCGCCCUGGCGCGCCCCCUUCCUCAAAAACGUAACCGACAUGGCCUCACCAGAAUUCAAUCUCGCAACAAUCCACUCCUCAUCCUCUUCCUCUGCCUCAUCCUCCCUCACCCCGCGCCUCCGCACCGUAAUCUUCCGCGGCCUCUGGGCCUCCCUCCUAGUAAACCCAAAAAACACAGCAGACCUCAACCCGCCCCUCUACGAAUCCGACCUCUUGACUCUAACAACCGACGCCCGCAUGGCAAAAGUGCCCGACUUCCUGACGUCCGACGGGGGAAAAGACGACACUAAAAAGUCAGGCGGCGGCGGGCCCGUAGAGGCCUGCUUCUGGACCGACGCAAAAGUCCAAUGGCGCAUCCGCGGCGAAGCCUUCCUCCUCGGCCCGGACAUCGACGGCAGCAACACAGCAGCGCUCCGCGAGCACCUUCUCGCACGUAUGCGUAACGACUGGUCCUUUGCCCGCGAAGUCACCGCGCACUUUGGAAACUUAUCUCCCAUGAUGCGCGGCACAUUCAAAAACCCGGUGCCGGGAACAUCCCGCGCCGCGAACCCGCCCUCGGACACGCUGAAGCUGGGGCAAAAGGUCGAGGACCUAGACGACAAGGUCGCGAGGGAGAAUUUCCGGGUCGUGGUGAUUGUGCCGACAGAGGUGGACCAGACGGACUUGAGCGCCUCGGAGGACCCGAGACGGUAUCUGUACCGAUUUAGGGUGAACGGGUGGGAGAAGAUUGAGUUGUGGCCGUAG